AGACUCACUGUCUUUGGGACCCCCAGUUUCAUGUCCUGAAUGCUCAGACCCCACCCCUUACUGGUACAUCCAUCCUGAUGUGCAGGACCAGAGCAGUGGGAUACAGGACUGUGCUCUGCAGAGAGCUGUUGGGAUAUACUGGGAUCUGCCAAGCUGUGCUAGGAUAUACUGGGAUCUGCCAAGCCGUGCUAGGAUAUACUGGGAUCUGCCAAGCUGUGCUAGGAUAUACUGGGAUCUGCCAAGCUGUGCUAGGAUAUACUGGGAUCUGCCAAGCUGUGCUAGGAUAUACUGGGAUUUGCCAAGCCAUUCCGUGAUAUACUGGGAUCUGCCAAGCCGUGCCGGGAUAUACUGGGAUCUGUUAACCUGUGCUGGGAUAUACUGGGAUCUGUCAAGCCAUUCCGUGAUAUACUGGGAUCUGCCAAGCCGUGCCGGGAUAUACUGGGAUCUGAUAAGCCAUUCUGUGAUAUACUGGGAUCUGCCAAACCGUGAUAUACUGGCAUUUGCCAAGCUGUGCCAGGAUAUACUGGGAUUUGCCAAGCCGUGCCAGGAAAUACUGGGAUCUACCAAGCCGUGAUAUACUGGGAUCUGCCAAGCUGUGCUGUGAUAUACUGGGAUCUGCCAAGCUGUGCCAGGAUAUACUGGGACCUGCCAAGCCUUGCUGGGACAUAGUGGGACCUGCAAGCCGUGUCAGGAUAUACUGGGAACUGUAGAGCUGUGCUGGGUGUUACACUCUGAUCUGUGGAGCUGUGCUGGGUUAUACUGGGAUCUGCCAAGCCGUGCCAGGACUGGGAACUGCACAGCUGUACUGGGGUUAAUACUCUCCUCUGCAGAGCAGUACUGUGCCGGGCAAUGCUGGGGUCUGCAGAGCUGGUUAUUUCUUCAAUGUGAUAAGGGGGAUUAUACUGGGAUCUGCAGAGCACCGUGGCUGGUUAUACUGGGAUCUGCAGAGCACCCUGGCUGGUUAUACUGGGAUCUGCAGAGCACCGUGGCUGGUUAUACUGGGAUCUGCAGAGCACCGUGGCUAGUUAUACUGGGAUCUGCAGAGCGCCGUGGCUAGUUAUACUGGGAUCUGCAGAGCACUGUAGCUGGUUAUACUGGGAUCUGCAGAGCACUGUAGCUGGUUAUACUGGGAUCUGCAGAGCAGUUCUGUACUGGGCGAUGCAGGGUUUUACAGAGCACUUUGGAAUUUUACUGUGAUCAGGGGGAUUGUACAAGGAUUUGCGGAGCAGUUCUCUACUUGCUCUGCCCAUAGACCCCCUACCUGUUGCCAAAAUGCUGCGCUGUGUGGUCCAAAGGGCCAGCAACCUCCCAAAUGUGGAGAAAGGGGUCAGGUACAGUGACCCAGUUACCAGUUUAACCUUCAGAGGGGUUAAGAAGAAAACGAAAAUCAUAAAGAACAAUCUGAAUCCCAUAUGGAACGAGGGAUUCGAGUGGGAUUUAAAAGGAUUGCCCUUGGACAACAGUUCGGAGCUUGUCGCGGUAGUGAAAGACCAUGAAACCAUGGGAAGGAACAGGUUUCUGGGUGAGACCCGAGUCAGCCUACGGGAUUUACUUACGUCCCCUAACCUGACGGCCACGUAUAAUGCCCCACUCCUGGACAGCAAGAAGCAGGGCACGGGGGCGAUAUUAACCUUGCAGAUAUCUUACUUUCCUCCACCGGGGGCAGCCCCAGUUGUACCCCCUCCUGCACCCAAGGAGCCCACCCCAUCGCUCAAUGAGUUGGACACCAUCACUGAUACGGCUGGUGAAGAGGACACGGAAGACCAGGCUGGAACUGGCGAUGAAGCGGAUAUUGUCUCUCUGGCCCCUGGAGGAGCAGAGCAACCCACUCUCCCCAAGAAAACUGCCCCUGUCCCUGUGCAGGGAUUAAAGAGAAAGAAGAGCAACUCCAAAAAACACCUCUCCAACAAGCCUCAGGACUUCCAGGUUCGUGUUCGAGUGAUAGAAGGGAGGCAGAUCCCAGGGAUUAACAUCAAACCUGUUGUCAAAGUCACAGUUGCUGGGCAGACCAAGAGAACCCGGAUACGCAAAGGGAACAACCCAUAUUUCGAUGAGACAUUUUUCUUCAAUUUUUUUGAGUCCCCUUCUGAACUCUUUGAUGAACCCGUGUUCCUGACUGUUCUCGAUUCCCGCUCCCUCCGAACAGACUCAGUGAUUGGUGAAUUCCGGAUGGACGUCGGAAUGAUUUAUGGAGAAUCAAAACAUGCCUUCCUCAGGAAGUGGCUUCUCCUCUCCGACCCAGACGAUUUCUCCGCGGGGGCCAAGGGGUACCUGAAGGUCAGCCUCUAUGUACUUGGGCCUGGAGAUGAGAGCCCGGUAGAGAAAAAGGAGGUCUCGGAAGACAAGGAGGACAUUGAGGGGAACUUGCUGCGACCGGCCGGGGUGUCCCUGCGAGGAGCCCACCUUACUCUGAAGAUUUACAGGGCGGAAGAUCUGCCGCAGAUGGACGAUGCUGUGCUGGACAAUGUCAAACAGAUCUUUGGCUUUGACAGCAACAAGAAAAACUUGGUGGAUCCCUUUGUGGAAGUCAGUUUUGCGGGGAAGAUGCUCCUCAGUAAGAUCAUGGAGAAGAACGCCAACCCGCAGUGGAGUCAGUCCAUCACUCUUCCCAUCAGGUUCCCCUCUAUGUGUGAAAAAAUGCGCAUCCGCCUGUUGGACUGGGACCGCCUCACCCACAACGAUAUCAUCGGCACCACCUACCUGAGCAUGUCCAAAAUCUCAGCUCCUGGCGGCGAGAUUGAAGAUGAGACACCGCGUAAGGCCUUGCCGGUUUCUAACUUUGAUGACACUUUGGGAUUUCUGCCAACCUUCGGGCCUUGCUAUGUGAACCUUUAUGGCAGCCCUCGGGAGUUCACUGGGUUUCCAGACCCUUAUGAAGAUCUGAACUUGGGGAAGGGAGAAGGAGUGGCUUACCGUGGUCGGGUCCUUCUGGAGUUGGAGACAAAGCUGGUGGAGCAGGCUGAGCAGAAGGUGGAAGACAUUCCUUCAGAUGAUAUUUCACGGGUUGAGAAAUAUCUCCGCAGACGGAAGUACUGCCUCUUUGCCGCUUUCUAUUCAGCCACCAUGUUGCAGGACGUCGAUGACGCCAUUCAGUUUGAGGUCAGCAUUGGAAAUUAUGGAAACAAGUUCGACAACACCUGCCUCCCCCUGGCCUCCACCACGCAGUACAGCCGGGCUGUGUUCGACGGUUGCCAGUACUAUUAUCUCCCCUGGGGUAACGUAAAGCCCGUUGUUGUUCUCUCAUCUCACUGGGAAGACAUCGGCCACAGAACUGACACUCAGAAUAUUCUACAAUACGCCAUCGAUAAUCUGGCAGCGAAUCUGGACUGGGUCCACCUUGCUGUGAAAGCUAAGAGCUCCCCCUACGACUUGGACGCUUUGGUCGCGCGUUUGUUUGAUGACAUCAUCACCGACUGCAGCCACGCCCUGCCAGAUGUCAAGUCUAUGCAAGGGACCACCCACCUGGACCAGUACUUGUACAGAUUCCGCAAGACCAACCUUGCCCAGAUUGUCCAGGCGGCUCUGAAACUCAAGCACGAUGACUGUGUGGAGCAGGAGAAUGUGAUGGAGCAGGCAGAGGACUGGCUAAUGCGACUAAAGGCUAUGGCUGAGGAGCCGCAGAACAGCCUGCCAGACAUAGUGAUUUGGAUGUUACAAGGGGAGAAGCGUGUGGCUUAUUAUAGAAUGCCGGCCCGCGAUGUCCUUUUCUCCAGGAAUGGCUCCAAGUGUUGCGGCAAGAACUGCGGGAAGCUCCAGACAAUAUUUCUCAAAUUUCCUCAGGAAGGAACCCAAGGAGCGAAGAUGCCAGCUCAGGUUCGAGUCCAGCUGUGGUUUGGGCUCGCUGUGGAUCAGAAGGAAUUCAAUCAUUAUGCUCAGGGGAAAUUGUCUGUUUUUGCUGAAGCUUAUGAAAACCAAACAAAGCUGGCUCUCGUGGGCAACUGGGGAACAACUGGCCUUACGUACCCCAAAUACUCAGACGUGACCGGGAAAAUCAAACUUCCAAAGGAGAGUUUCAAGGCUUCCACUGGAUGGAGCUGGGCCGGAGACUGGUUUAUCAGCCCGGAGAAAACGUUGCUGUAUGAUACGGACGCGGGUCACAUGAGCUUCGUGGAAGAGGUUUUCGAGAACCAGGCCAGGCUGCCCGGUGGGCAAUGGAUCCAUAUGACGGAGGCCUACUCAGAUGUGAAUGGGGAGAAGGUUUUGCCAAAAGAUGAGAUCGAAUGCCCCCCUGGCUGGAAAUGGGAGGAUGAUGAAUGGUCCACGGACACCAACAGGGCUGUUGAUGAGCAAGGAUGGGAGUACGGCAUUACUAUCCCCCCUGACCGGAAGCCUAAAUCCUGGGUUCCAGCAGAGAAGAUGUAUCACACCAACCGCAGGAGGCGCUGGGUCAGACUAAGACGAAGGGACCCCAAGCAGAUUGAGAUCCUAAAAAAGCACAAGCCGGACGAGUCGGAGAGCGAGGGAUGGGAAUACGCCUCUCUCUUUGGCUGGAAGUUUCACCUGAAGUACCGUAAGACUGACAGUUUCCGCAGGCGCAGGUGGAGGCGCCGUAUGGAACCCCUGGAACGCACCGGGGCGGCAGCUGUUUUCGCUUUGGAAGGUUCCCUGGGUGGAAUUACAGAUGAUAAAAGCGAUGAUGGAAAAAACACGUCCACAAUGAGCUUCGGGGUCAACCGGCCGACGAUAUCCUGCAUAUUUGACUAUGGGAACCGUUACCAUUUGCGCUGCUACAUAUACCAAGCGAGGAACCUGGUGCCCAUGGACCAAGACAGCUUUUCUGAUCCAUACGCCAUAGUCUCUUUCCUCCAUCAAAGUCAAAAGACCUUGGUGAUGAAGAGCACCUUGAACCCAACAUGGGACCAGACCCUUAUUUUUCAUGAAAUUGAAGUUUUUGGAGACCCUGAAACCAUAAAAGAAUCCCCUCCCAACAUAGUGGUGGAAAUCUAUGACCACGAUACUUACGGUGCAGAUGAAUACAUGGGAAGGUGCAUUUGCAAGCCAAGCUUUGAGCGCUCCCCCCGGUUAUCUUGGCACCCGGUGAUCAUGGGCACGAAGAACGUCGGAGAGCUGCUCGCUGCCUUCGAGCUCAUUCCCAGGGAAAAGCCGGCUGUUCAUCUUAUCCCAGGACUGGAGGGAGAAAUCUCAGGAGUUCUGAGCGAGCUGCUUAUUCCUCGCUUCUUCACCGAGAAACUUCUUGACUGGUCAUCAGACGCCGACCUUCCCUACCCACCUCCACAGAGGGAGGCCAAUGUGUACAUGGUGCCCCAGGGAAUCAAACCCGUUCUGCAGCGCACCGCUAUAGAGAUCCUGGCCUGGGGGCUGAGGAACCUAAAGAGCUACCAGCUGGCCAGCGUGACCUCCCCGAGUCUGAUAGUGGAGUGCGGCGAUGAACUGAUCCAGUCGGGGGUCAUUAAGAACGUCAAGAAGAACCCCAACUUUGAUGUGUGCCUGCUCCUCAUGGAAGUGAGGUUGCCCAGAGAAGAUCUAUAUUGUCCACCCAUCAUUGUGAAGGUCAUCGAUAACCGUCAGUUUGGAAGAAAACCAGUCGUCGGCCAAUGCACCAUCAAGUCUUUGGAAGAGUUCCAUUGUGACCCCAACUCAGAAGAUCUAGAGGUAGAAGAUGGACUGUCAGACAAUGUGAGUGUUACACCCAGGGACGAGGUGCUUAUUGACAUUGAUGAUAAGGAACCUCUUAUCCCGACUCAGCUUGCCGACGGUAUGACCAGCUCAGCCAUUAUUAACUUAUCAUCUUCUCGGCCCAGUCUCCAUGAAGAAGAGUUCAUUGAUUGGUGGAGUAAGUUUUAUGCUUCCAUUGGGGAAAAAGAGAAAUGUGGAACAUACCUAGAGAAAGGCUUUGAUACCUUGCAGGUACUGGACACAGAGCUAGAGAACAUAGAGGAUUACGAAGAACUCUCAGACUUUUGCCGAACCUUCAAACUGUACAGAGGAAAAACACAAGAUGAGACAGAAGAUCCCUCUGUGGUUGGAGAAUUUAAGGGAUCCUUUAAAAUCUAUCCUCUUCCUGAUGACCCAUCAGUCCCCAGGCCAGCACCCCAGUUCCGCCAACUCCCUGCCAAAGGUCUUCAAGAGUGCCUCGUGCGUGUCUAUAUUGUUCGUGCUUUUGGUUUGCAGCCGAAAGACCCCAACGGCAAGUGUGAUCCCUACGUGAAGAUUUCCAUUGGAAAGAAGUCAUUAAAUGAUCAGGAACAUUAUAUCCCUUGCACCUUGGAGCCUGUUUUUGGAAAAAUGUUUGAGCUGACCUGCACCCUCCCUCUGGAGAAAGACCUGAAGGUCACACUCUAUGAUUAUGACAUGAUUUCAAAAGAUGAGAAGAUUGGAGAGACGGUGAUAGACCUGGAGAACCGUUUCCUCUCGAAAUAUGGAGCAAGAUGUGGAUUGCCUCAAUCCUACUGCAUAUCUGGGCCAAACCAGUGGCGGGACCAACGGAAACCAUCGGAACUUCUCAGAAUCUUUGCGCAGCAGCGGAACUUCAAACCCCCUAACUUCAAAAACAACAGCAUAAUGUUCCGGAACCAUGAGUACCAUGUCUCUGAGCUGGAAGACAGCAAGUUCCCUAACCCGCACCAGGGCCCGCCGGAGGAACGGCUCGCUCUACACGUACUGAGAAGGCAAGGCCUGGUGUGUGAGCAUGUGGAGACCAGGGCCCUGUACAGCCCUUUGCAGCCGGAUAUAGAACAGGGAAAGCUGCAGAUGUGGGUUGACUUGUUCCCCAAGUCCCUCGGUUCUCCCGGCCCUCCCUUUAAUAUAACCCCACGGAAAGCCAAACGGUAUUACUUGCGCUGUAUCAUCUGGAACACCAAAGAUGUGAUUCUGGAUGAUGUGAGCAUCACAGGAGAGAAGAUGAGUGAUAUCUAUGUCAAGAGCUGGCUGAUUGGCCAUGAAGAAAAUAAACAGAAGACAGAUGUUCACUACAGGUCUAUGGGAGGUGAAGGGAAUUUUAACUGGCGGCUUGUGUUCCCUUUCGACUAUCUUCCCGCGGAGCAGGUCUGCUCAGUGUCCAGAAAGGAGCAUUUCUGGAGCCUCGACAAGACUGAGAAUAAAAUCCCUCCAAACCUCAUUAUACAGAUAUGGGACAACGAUAAGUUCUCCUUCGAUGACUAUUUAGGUUCCGUGCAGCUGGACCUCAACCGGAUGCCACGACCUGCCAAAACGGCGGAGAAGUGCAGGCUGGACCUGCUGGAUGAGGUGGAGUCUGCAAAUCACUGCUCCUUGUUUGAGCAGAAGACAGUCAAGGGAUGGUGGCCGUGUGUAGGGCAGGAGGGGGACGAGAAGAUUCUGGCUGGAAAAGUGGAAAUUACUUUAGAGAUUGUAAAUGAACAGGAACAUGAUGAGAGACCGGCCGGGAUUGGUCGAGAUGAGCCAAAUAUGAACCCAAGACUUGAAGACCCAAAGCGCCCAGAAACCUCGUUCCUCUGGUUCACUUCCCCGUACAAGACCCUGAAGUACAUCCUGUGGAGGAGAUACAAGUGGCUCAUCCUUGUCUUCUUCCUUCUAUUCAUCCUACUGCUCUUCCUCGGAAUCUUCCUGUAUUCCUUCCCGAACUACGCUGCUAUGAAGCUGGUGAAGCCGUUCAGUUGAUCGAGGAUGACGCGAGCCUGCUGGUUUAUGAAGCUUCUGCUGUCCAGCACUAAAGAUCAUGGAGACGCCACUGUGGAAUGUUUGAAACUUUGCCUUUAGAACCUUGGCAAUGGAAAUCCAGCUGCUGUAUGGCCAUGUACACUAUAUCCUGUCUUCCGCUUCUACUUUGCCUUAUAUGUAACGCUGCAUAUCCUCUAUGCACUGAAGGCAGCGAUCCCCAAUGGAUCUGCCACACAACAGAGUCACUUGCGCACUAUUUCUUUUCAAUAUAAUCUAGAUUGAGCUAUCCGGAACCUAACUAUCUAGAAAAAAAAAAUCUAUAAAAAAAUUAUUUUGCAUAAAUGGCAGUUUGUGGGGAAGUAAAAUCCUGUUAACAUGUCCAAGUCUCCUUAGCUUUGCCUUCAUUAAAGGGCACUUUGUCCCUGUACUACAGUAUCGGACAGCAAUAGGGCUGUCUCCUAUUGGGGUCUCUUAUUCUGUACAUUAUGUGUAGUUUUAUAAUGCUGACUGAUGGCCUUUAACCAGAUUUAUUGCUUAAAGCUAUAUUCAGUGAUAUAGUAUAUAAAUAUAUAUAUGUGUGUGUGUAUGGAAUUUAAGGUAAGGGAGUUCAUGUAGGGGAGUGAUCCCCAAGCAGUGGCUCGGGGGCAACAUGUUGCUCAUCACCCCCUUUGAUGUUGCUCCCAGUGGCCUCAGAGUAGGUGCCAUUUUUAAAUCUCUGGCUUGGAGGCAAGUUUUGGAAGCCCAGAGACACAGUUUUAUUCCAAGCAGAGCCUCCUGCAGGCCAGCAGUCACAUGGGGCUACCAAAUAGCCAAUCACAGCCCUUAUUUAGCAUCAUCAAGGAAGUUUUUUCACAUUUGUGUGACUCACAAGUGCAUAUGGUUGGAGAUCCCUGAUGUGGGGUCAUCCCCCAGCAUCCCCCUGACAGGGAAAGGUUCAUUGAUAUGGCACCUUAUCUCCUGUCAACUGCUCUCUAGGGUUUCAAUCAAGUCCUUAAUAGUUAUAGGAGAUAUCUGUAAUCACUGGUAUUUUAUUUGCCCACACAGUGGUCAGAUGAAGAUCAUAAUGGAUGAGCAGUACAUGUAGCCCCCAUCAUCUUAGAAGUUUCAUUUACAUUACCUAGGCUUCUCUUACAUGUACCUGUUUGACCUACCCGGCUAUAAUUUGCUGGGCCUUAACCUAUAAUGGCCUUACUCUCUUUUAAGAGUUUGUUUGUAACCAGAGCUUACUCUUACUCUGUGGAUGGGCAGAGAAAGUCAAUAGCUAAGGUCAAGAAGGGGUCCUCUGAAACAGUUGGGACUGGUCUUCAGCCUCCUGUCAUUUAGGGGAUGCCUUCACAUGGAGGCCAGCUUUCAUUCUGUAGCCUUUACAUGUUUGUUAGGGGAUGGAGUUGUACCAAUGGAAUGGCUACUAGAUGGUCAACAAAGCUGUGAGGCCCUACUUUAUUUUCAAGGACACCGAUGCCUUACAAAAGGCUAAAUAGUUAUAAACAGCUUUAUUCUACCUUUUGAGUGCCUUCAGUUCCAUGUUAUAUAUAAUAUUACCUUAUUUCUCAUAAAACUAUGCAAUGCAUCGUUUCUGGUCCAAUAUCUCAGGAAAUGAAGCCCUUCUGUCCCUGAGUGUAUGUUCCCCCUGACCCCAGGUGUAGGCACUUUAGCAUAUGACUUACGCUUGUUAUCAUUAUUACGCAUUAGCCUUACUAUCAACCGUUGAACAACAGGACGAUUCCACUGAUUACAUUUUUCUGUGGGUUCUCCAAUAGUGAAAUGCGCAUAUUCAAAAUGGCUUCACAAGUGGCUGCAAAAGAGGGGAAAGGUUUGACUAGCGCACUUCUGCCUUCAUUGGUUGGACUCCGGCCCCCCUCUUUGUAUUAAAAAUGCUUAUAUUUUUGGCUAACGUUUAUUAACGCUACCUUCUACCUAGUGAGGAGGAACCAACCAGAUUCCAAUGAAUCUGAAGGUCGAUGAAUGUAAUUGAUAAGAUUCCGCCUGCAGUAAGCUUGGGCCUCCAUCCUAUAAGAGUUUACACUAAUUUGAGGCUAUAAUAGUGUUUUCCAAUGCUCAGGUCAUCCAUAUACCAAAAAACACGACGAAGAAACACGAAGAAAGUUCGAUAAACACUGUUUGGUUUCAACGUACAUUGUGUCUUCUGAGAUUUAUUGUUGUACAAUUGGUCUCCGAGGCCCGUGCAAUGGUUAAUUACUUAUGUCUGGAGGGUGUCAACAUUUCCUUGGUGUUUUGGAUAAUGGAAAAUGUAUCAGAAUGUUAUCUAAGCAUAUUCGCUGGGUUCUCCAACAUUAAUCUUUAUUUUUGCUCUUUUUUUAAUUGUGUUUGUGAUAUUGUGUAAGCCAAUGAGAGGAACCAGUUCAAGGUGCAUCCAUUUUAUUUAUGCAGUAUUGAAAAUGUAUAUUACCAUGGGUCGAGGUCAUGGAAUGUAUCUUGUUUUAAAAUUCUGGUUUUUGGGCACGAGGGCAGAAUGUUAAAAACGUAUAUAUUUUCCUGCACUGAUUUUGAGAGAAAUGCAAGUUAUUAAAGCCGUGAGUUCGACUGACGCUUUAUAGACUUCUGAAUUCUUAAAGCCGUAUUAAAUGUCCGAACCUGA